GACGCGAAGACCGCGUACGACGCCCUCGCGACGCGCCUCCGCAAGAUGUCCGACCUCGGCGCGAUCGAGGCGACGCUGCAGUGGGACGAGCUCGUGAUGAUGCCGGACGCGGCCGCGGAAGCGCGCGGCCGACAGAAGGCGGCGCUCGCGGAGCUGUCGCAUCGCGAGGCGACGUCGGCCGCGCACGGCGACGCGAUCGCCGCCGCGGAGCGCGCGCAUUCGGGGGACGGCUGCGCGUGGCGCGCUGCGGUGAUACGCGACGCGCGGAGGGACUACGACGACGCGAUCCGGCUCCCCGGCGAGCUCAAAGCGCGCGAGGCGACGCUCGGGGCGAGAGGCUACGCGGCGUGGGUCAAGGCGAGAGAGAGCGACGAUUGGGAUUCGUUCGCGCCGACGCUCGAGGAGCUCGUGACGCUGCGGAAGGAGAUGGCCGCCGCGUGCGCGGACGACGGCGUGGAGCCGUACGACUACUGGCUCGAUCAGUUCGAGCGAGGGAUGAAGCGCGAGCGUCUGGAGGAGAUAUUCUCGGUGUUGCGCGCGAGCCUCGCGCCGGUGAUCGCGAAGACGCUCGAGGCGCCGAAAUUGGAGCAUCAUCCCGCGCUCGUCUCCGGGACGUUCCCGGAGGACGCGCAGGAGCGAUUCUGCCGCGCGAUCGCGACGAAGAUGGGGUUCGACUUUAACUCCGGACGGCUCGAUCGCAGCGUGCAUCCGUUCACCGGCGGCGUCGGGCCGAUCGACGUGCGCAUCACGACGCGGUACGACGAAAACAACUUCAUGGACGCCGUCAUGGGGACGAUACACGAGGUGGGGCACGCGCUGUACGAGCAAGGUCUGAACGCGGAGCAGGACGGGCUGCCCGUGCAGCGCGCGCUGAGCAUGGGGAUCCACGAGUCGCAGAGUUUGUUCUGGGAGCGGUACGUAGGGCAGAGUCUUGGAUUUUGGCGAAGCGUGUUGCCGGAGUUCCACGCGUCGUUUCCGCGGACGAAGGAGGAGGGGGUGACCGCGGAGGAUCUGUACCGGUACGUCAACAAGGCGUCCGCGGGGUUCAUUCGCGUGGACGCGGACGAGCUCACGUACAGCAUGCACGUGGUGCUGCGGUUCGAGAUCGAGCGCGCGAUCUUCGCCGGGGAGGCGUCCGUCGCGGAGUUGCCGUCGCUGUGGCGGACGAAGAUGCGCGAGCUCCUCGGCGUCGUCCCGGAUACGGACGCGCUCGGGGUGUUACAGGACGUGCACUGGUCCGACGGCUCGUUCGGGUACUUCCCGUCGUACACGCUGGGCGCGAUGUACGCGUGUCAGUUCCACGCGCGCGCGAGGGAGGAGAUCGAGGGGUUCGACGCGCUCGUGGAGAAUGGGGACUUGGCGCCGAUUCGCGAGUGGCUGCGAAGGAAGAUUCACGCCGUCGGGAGUCUGCACCCGUCCGCGGACGAGCUGUGCGUCGCCGUCACCGGCGCGAAGUUGGACCCGGAGGUGUACGUGACGUACUUGCGCGAAAAGUACAGCGCGCUGUACGGCGCGUAGGGCCCAGGGGCCGCGAGCGACGCGGCGUGAAACUCCGAUGCGAGCUACGAAGGUACUGACGACUUCGUACU